GAUGAAUGGAAUCGGUGAAUGAAGAGUCUGUGCAUGGGCCGCAGUAAGCGCGCGUUUCGGCUGGAUGUCACCAAGGCUUGUGAAGAUGUUCGCCUCGCGGUGAGCACCGGCGGACCUCUGAUUUGUGUGCUGCCUUUGUCGGAUUUGUGUUUCCACAUACCGUGAUGUGGAAUUCGGAUUUCGAAUUACCAGUGGCGUCCACCUUGCACAUUGUGUCGUGGAUUUGCGCUCGCUGUCAGGUCUGAACGCUCCAGACAUGGCACAGGAGUGUCAAAUGCAGUAUGAGCCAGUGGCCGAGAUAGGAGGCGGCGCUUAUGGCACGGUAUACAAGGCCCGGGACCUGCAGAGCGGGAAAUUUGUGGCCUUGAAGAGUGUCCGAGUUCAGAGGGAUCAGGAUGGGGUGCCAUUAUCAACACUCCGGGAAGUGACCCUUCUGAAACAGCUGGAACAGUUUGACCACCCGAACAUCGUCAAGUUGAUGGAUGUGUGUGCCACCAUCCGAACAGACCAGGAGAUUAGAGUUACAUUAGUGUUUGAGCAUGUGGACCAAGACCUGAAGACCUACCUAGAGAAGGCUCCAGCCCCAGGGCUUCCUGCCUGCAGGAUCCAGGACCUCAUGAAGCAGCUCCUGAGUGGCCUGUCCUUUCUCCACGCAAACCGGAUUGUCCAUCGUGACCUCAAGCCCGAGAACAUUCUGGUGACCAGCCGCGGGCAAGUGAAACUGGCCGACUUUGGCCUGGCCCGUAUUUACAGCUGUCACAUGGCGCUGACACCAGUGGUGGUGACACUCUGGUACCGGGCUCCAGAGGUGCUGCUGCUGUCCACAUACGCCACGCCGGUUGACAUCUGGAGCACUGGCUGCAUCUUUGCAGAAAUGUUCAGACGGAAGCCGCUGUUCUGUGGAGAUUCAGAGAUGAGUCAGCUGGGAAAGAUUUUUGACUUCAUUGGCCUUCCUCCAGAAGAUGAAUGGCCUACUGCCGUUACCGUGCCACGCUGCACUUUUGCGUCUCCGAGCCCACGACCAGUUGGGGAUUACGUCCCAGAGAUGGAUCCACAGGGAGCUGCGUUGUUACGGGAAAUGUUAACGUUCAACCCACUUCGGCGCAUCUCCGCACAGAAGGCCUUGGAGCACCCGUACUUCACAGAGAUGGUCUGAGGUGAACCUACCUGCCCGUGGUGGCGUUUUUUUUUUUUUGAAAUGUUUCUACACAAAGCAGAUUGACACUUUGAGCACAUAUGUGGCUGGUAGCUCUGCUCCCAAAGCAGCCUCAUGGCACACCGAUUAUGUUGGAACUGGGAUGGUGCGAUGUAAAGUUGGUAAUUUUUAUUAAACAUUUACAUUUUGA